GACCCUUGAUAGUGAAAUUCCAUUCUAGAGACAAGCUUUGAAUGCUGAGCUUUGAAGUUCUUUGAAGUUAGCUUCUCAAAGCUAACUUCAAAGCUCAGGGCAGCUGAAAAGAGUGUAAGUGUAGGCUCUCUCUCAGUUUUCAGGUAGUUUGGACGUGAACAAGGACUUGGACGUGAACAUGGGUAACAGAAUCCCUACACCCCCUGUAGAGAGACCCUCCUCCGACUCACCAGUUGGGAGCCAGGAGAGUCCUCAGAGUCGCCUUGAGAGUUUGUGGUCAGCUCCUGACCUGACAGUUGCAGAAGACAGUGUACUUUCCAAUGUCACUGUUUCCUCUCAGAGCAAUCUGACCAGUAGCAGUACUGGUAGUAGUGGUAGUAACAAGUCAUCCAUUUUGACUUUGUUUAGAAGUUUUAUGAAGUCCAAAAAGAAAAGUGAAAGUGAUUCUUCCUCCAAACAGGGAAGUUCCAAUGACUUUCAUUAUUAUCCAGAAGCCCCUACCUCUGGAGAUGACAAAGACGACAAAACUUCUCUAGAGGACAGAGCUUCUCUAGAGGACAGAACAUGUCAAGAGGACAGUACUCCUCCAUCUGCCAAGAGUAGCAGUAGGAGUAACAGUAGUAAUAGUAGUAAUACUGGCAGUACCGGUUCCUCAGUUAGGAAUUUCUUUAAACGCCUCCGUAAGCCUAAAAAGAAAUCUUCCUUCUCGUCACAGAAAUCUGAUGGGGAAAUGAUAGAGGGAUGUACAGAGCCUGCUUUUUGUUAUUAUUCUGAUGGAGACAUUUCUUCAUCUUCAUCUACAUCUUCUUCUUCGGUCAGUUCUGGGUCUUCUGUUUUUUUUCCAAGGCGUUUCUUCCCAAACAAACAAACUGCAGACAAACUGGAUGUAGACCACCUGCCUGCAUUCAGCUGGAGGUCCCCUUGGGCUUGGCUUAGGUCAACAUUCAUGUACUGGGCCAAAGCAAAGCUGUGGCCGUGGUACGACCAGUGGGAGUUUGUCAUUGUCUUGGUGUUGACUGGAAUGGCCCUCCUGAUUUUCUUUGUCGUCGCAAUGUCUCUCCUCUGAUUGGUUCACAGAGAUGUCCGUCACCCGCUCUGUGUGCUCUGCCCUUUGGGGCAUGUGUGCGGGCGACGCCAUGGCGAUGCCCGUGCACUGGUUCUACCACGUGGAUCACAUCAAGUCCCAGUUUGGCUCCUGGAUCUCGGAUUUCAAAGCCCCCAAAGAGACGCACCCCUCCAGCAUCAUGAGCCUGUCCAACCCGGCCGGCAGUGGCCGAACCUCCAGUUUGUCUCCCAAAGAACCGGACGUGAUUGGGACCAUCAUCCUCCACAACAAACUGCACCUGUGGAGAGACCCGAGCGGAACCGUGCACUACCACCAAGGUCUGGAUGCGGGGGAUAACACUCUAAAUGUGCUGGUGUCUCUUCGGGCCGGUCUAAGUCUGGUCCAGACCGGGUUCAGGGACUGUUCGAGUCCAGAGGCUCGGGCCGUGGUUCUGAGGGACUACGUGGACUUCAUGACCACGCCAGCGUCUCACCGGGAUUCCUACGCCGAGUCCUGGCACCGGGACUUCUUCAAGGACUGGAGUCUGGACAGACCCACCUCACCUGAGCAGAUCCUGAAUUUCGCAGAGGCUCGGAGUCGCAGGAAGUUAAAGUCUCGUCCGGACUCACAGCUCGACGCCAUCGGCUGCUUACCCAUGAUCCUCCCCUUCGUCCUGCUGUCUGCGUCGGCCAAUCAGGAAACAGCAGUACGUGCGGCGGUAGAGAUGGCGACGCUGACCCACCCGCACCCAAACGCCCUCCACACAGUGGCGCUGUACGCCAAAACUCUGCACGCCGUGGUGGGUGGGGCCUGUCUGAGGGAGCAGUCUGAGCACGCUCUGAAAGCUCUCGGCCAAUGGGAAACCAGCGUCAGAUACAGCAAGCAAGCCCAGAGGUUCCCGGUGGGGUCUGAGCAGAGGCUGAGGGUCCAUCAGAGGGCAGUGGGAGAGCUGGGCCUGGCCUGCUACAGCUCAGGAGCCCUGAGUAGCUUGUUCCAUCUGGCCCACGAGUUCCAUGACGAUCCAGUAGGGGGCAUCCUCACCAACACCAACUGCGGAGGGGAGAACUGCAGCCGAGGAGCCGCUCUUGGAGCUCUGCUUUGGGCCUCGGCCGCUCGCAGAGACCAGCCCCUUCCCCAGACCUGGACCAGAGCCAUGAGGGACGCACAGGACCUCGUACCACAGAUAGUACAGGGACUGGACCUGGACUGAACCAGGACUGGACCAGGACUGGAGCAGGACCAGCUGAAGGACAGACCUGUUGCCUGUUCACAGACGAAGCUCUUUGUACAUUUUCUCUCCGUCUCUUUUUUAUUUCUGAUUUUUCUCCGUGACACGUUUUUAUUUAAUGAAACAUUUUUAAAGUGUGAAUAAAAUCAAAAGAAGGAA